AUGGUGCAACAUAAGAAGUUCGCGAGCAGCUCGGACGAAGAAGAUGAAAAGAAAAAGAAGAAAUCGGAGAAAAGUGAUUUGAUUCGACAAACGGAGCACGACCGGGCGAAGAGACAAGAGCGGAAAGAUCGAAAUGAGCGCGAUGAAUCUCGAGAAGAUCGACGGAAGCAACGGAAAGUCGAUGAAGAAGAAAGGGAGAGGACCGAUAGAGGAAAUAAAGCUAAGAAAAAGAGACACGAUGAGGACAAGUUGAGACAAGAGAAGGGGAAAAUUCGCCGGGAAAGAGAAGAACGUGAGUCAUCCGAUGCACCGGCUUGGUCGACAAAUCGCGUCAAAGAGCACGCGGCGAAAAUCAAAGAACGCAAACUGUUGUGGCAAGGCAAACGGGAAUCGGAUGUGAAUGAAACGGAUCAACCAUCAACCUCAUUCACUGAUCAACAAGCUGUGAAGAAUAUUGGAAUGUGGUCAUCAGCAAUUGCAGCCACUGGUGUCGACGAUAAACAAGCGGAGAAGUUCAAGAAAUUGCUGGGAUUUAAAGGAGCACAAAAGGAUGUGAAGGAGUCAACCGCCUCAAAUGUGAAUGCGGAACGAGCGAAACAACAGAAUCUCCUCAGCUCGCUCGAUCAGCAAUUCUCGACGGCUCGCCAAAUGACUCGAAAUUCACGUGGAUCCGGUCUCGGGUAUCAU